GUUGUGUGUUUUAUAUAUUAUGGGUAGCCAGGCUGAUAAUCCCACAGGGUCUAAAAGCAUCCUUGCUCGGUCAGGCCUUGGAAACCUUUGUGGUUUACCCCCAAGACACAAACAUUCAAAAGGAUGAAGACUACGACCUGCUCCCUGCUCAUCAUCAUCUCCUUUCUUCAACUGAUGGUCCCAGUCAAUACCGAGGAGACCUUAGACUCUGUCAUGAAGAAGCUCAAGGAAGCUCGCAGUCUAGAGCGUCCUCCCUCUGCUAUGACUAAGAGUCUCUCCUGCACUACUAUCAAGGCUUCAGGUACACCGGCUUCCUGUCCACCAGGAAUGAUUGCUACUGGUUGUUCAUGUAGCUUUCUUUGUGGAGAUGUCCAGCAUAUCCAGAAUGAAAACAUUUGCUACUGUCUGUGUUCAAACGUAGACUGGACCAUUGCCCGCUGCUGCCAACAGAGGAAAUGAAAAAGACGAGAAUUCAGUUUUGAGAUAAUGAUUAUAAUGAAGCUGUGAUUCCACCUAAGAGAUCUGAUUCAUUGUCCUUGUGAUGAAUUCAUAUUACACAGUAAUCCUACUUCUUAAGUAAUAAAGAGAGAUUUGCACUCA